CAGAGAUAAAAGCUUCUUCUGUAACAAGAAACACAGCGCCUCUUUCGUUAUCUCCGCACUAGAAAUCAUGCGCUUUUAUCACGUGGCACUGCUAGCGUUUCUCGCUUUGGUUUUAGGCAUGGAUACUCGUGCGGCAGUAAUAGAGCCCAGCGACGCUGAAAUUUCCAAAGGUACAACGCUCGAGAAAAAACACCACAGUAUCAAUAACCGACGACUUUUGCGAAGCACUAUGAUUGGCGCCACUGAUCCCGAGGAAAGGGACGCAUCCGCGCUCGUUAAAUGGUUGCAAGUGGAGUUUUGGGUUAGGGCAGGAGUGUCAAAAGUGAAAGUCAAGAAGAUGCUGGGACUCGAAGGGCUGAAAGGGGAAGCAUUGAAGGCGAGCCCAAAAUACAAGUACUACGAGAGUUAUAAGCAAAAGACUGGAGGAGGUCACUUAGGUAUGGAUGGCGCCGAAACACGCCAGGUGCGGAUGUGGCUAGACAAUGGCCCACACGGGCUCCCCACGCACGAUGCUUGGUUGACGUUGGGGCUAAAUGCAAAUGCAAUGUCCUCGAAGAAACUCGUGAAAAGCGCUAAGUACAAAACCUAUGUGCGGUACGCGACCGCGUAUGAUAAUCGCUUGUUCCAGCGUAUCAAGACAGUGGACGACCCAAAGAUCGAUAUCGGGAAAAUGCACCCAGCAGAGGUGGAGGCCCAUAUUCGCAUUUGGGCCACGACAGAGCGACCCGACUGGUACGUUCAAAAACUUCUGGGGCUUGAGAGCAAAUCUAGGGCCGAACUCGCCGCGAGCAAGGAGUACCAGCACUUUUUGAAGAUGAAAUCUAGCUGAGCUUCGUAUCUCUUUAAACGAGUUUAAGCUGGAGGUUUAAUCAACGGUGCAGAAGCCUAUAGCGUUCCUAAACUUACGUUUGAAUGAAUCAAAGGCCUUUUCAGCAA